GAAAGCUAUAUUUGAUACCAGCUGCAGUAGAGACUUGACCCUAAUAGAAUCUUGUAACGAGUUCAUGGUGCGAUAUAAACAACCCCGAAGUACAGGUAAUGGGGAGUCAAAGCCACCUUUGCCUAUGAUAUCUUCCGCAUGUCCAGGUUGGAUAUGCUACGCUGAGAAGACCCUUGGGUCUUACAUUCUUCCAUACAUUUCUUCAGUCAAGAGCCCCCAACAAACUAUCGGAGCAGUCGUUAAGAAUUAUUUAUGUCAAAAGCUAAGUGUAAGACCAGAGGAUAUAUAUCAUGUUACGGUAAUGCCAUGUUAUGACAAGAAGCUCGAGGCUGCUCGUGAGGACUUUGUGUUUCAAGUGGAUACAGAUAGUGAAAAAAUUACGGAGGUUGAUUCAGUUCUGACAACAGGAGAGGUUUUGGAUUUGAUACAGUUAAAAGCAGUUAAUUUUCAAUCCUUGGAAGAGUCACCCUUAGAUAAGUUGUUUGCCAAUAUCGAUGAGGAGGGCCAUCUUUAUGGGGUUCAC